GUGCGCGUGCGCCGGUGUCCGCACUCCUAAUUAAAAAAGACCUAGUGGUUGCCUGGGAGGGGUGGCGGGGGCCGUGCCCGGAAGUAAUCUCUAGUCUCAGUCACCGGGAAUUGGCGAGGUAUCCUCUGCGGUGGAGAGGAAAUGCAGCCUCAGAGUGAUUCCAUAUUCCAGGCAGUUCAAAGAAUUCUCAACCAUAAGCUGAGCUUAGUUCCAGACUUGGAAUGGCCAAAUAUCAAGGUGAAGUUCAAAGUUUGAAAUUGGAUGAUGAUUCAGUCAUAGAAGGAGUAAGUGACCAAGUACUUGUGGCAGUUGUGGUCAGUUUCGCUUUGAUUGCUACCCUGGUAUAUGCACUUUUCAGAAAUGCACAUCAGAACAUUCACCCAGAAAACCAAGAGUUAGUAAGGGUACUUCGGGAGCAACUUCAAACAGAACAGGAUGCCCCUGCUGCUGCUCGACAGCAGUUCUACACUGACAUGUACUGUCCAAUCUGUUUACACCAAGCCUCCUUCCCUGUGGAAACAAACUGUGGACAUCUUUUCUGUGGUACCUGCAUUAUUGCAUACUGGCGAUACGGUUCAUGGCUUGGGGCAAUCAGUUGUCCAAUCUGUCGACAAACGGUGACUUUACUGCUAACAGUAUUUGGUGAAAAUGACCAAUCUCAGGAGGUUGUAUCAUUGCGUCAAGAUAUUAAUGAUUAUAACCGGAGAUUCUCAGGGCAGCCUAGAUCUAUUAUGGAAAGAAUUAUGGAUCUACCCACUUUACUGAGGCAUGCAUUCAGGGAAAUGUUUUCAGUCGGGGGCCUUUUCUGGAUGUUCCGCAUCAGGAUUAUACUUUGUUUAAUGGGAGCUUUUUUCUAUCUUAUAUCACCUCUAGAUUUUGUACCUGAAGCCUUGUUUGGAAUUCUAGGCUUUCUAGAUGAUUUCUUUGUCAUCUUUCUGUUGCUCAUCUAUAUCUCUAUUAUGUAUCGAGAAGUGAUAACACAGAGACUAAACAGGUGAAAAAAUGUGAGUUUACUAAUAUUUCAGCCAGUGUGUGAAAUCAGACAGAAGGGCUGAUGGCAGUAUACAGCAUUUGACUAUUAUUGUACAAGCUUAAAACCACUGUAUGACUAACAUUUGAUUUCAUUUGGCAAAUGCCUAGCAAGAUAUGACUGGAAUUUUUACAUUACAGGUUCUAAUAUUAAGGUUAGAAUUAUAAUAAUUUACGAUUAUAUCUUGAUUCUGUGUUGUCUAUAAAGUCUCUGGAAAAACUAUAGAAUUAUAUAAAAAGGGAUGAUUUGAUGUUUUUCUUUUUCAAAAAUUAGAUUCAUUGGAUGUAUAGUAAGAUAUUGUUUUAUAGUUUAUCCAAUUUAUCCUUCUCAGUGUGUACCUAUAUGAUAAUAUAUUGCUAUGAAAUGCAUCUAAUUAUUUUUGUUACAAUAAAAUGUUGUACAAUA